GGGUCUGGCGAAUAGGAAGGGCUUGGGAUUCGCCUCCCGGCUGUUUGCGGCUAAGGGAGUGUCAUAAUGUGGCCGCGGUUGGCACCUUGUCGUUUGGGGGAUAGAAAGGCGAAGUGAAGCGGGGCUGUCCGCGCUCCUUAUCCUGAGGGCGGCGAGCUAGUGGCGGUGCCUGUGUGUCUUCUAUUCCGCAGGCGGUCAUGAAUGAGGCGGCCCCGCUUAGACUUCUUCAAAGUCCGCCUUCUUGGUUGACCUUCGCUCGGUGGUUCCCGGACAGCUCCGACCUGCGCUGAGGCGCGUCUCCCAGUGCAGUUUCUUAGGACUUUCUUCUUUCAAGAGAGACUCGGUUCCGGCGUGAUAGGAGAAAAUGGGCAUUAUGUUUCCUGUUCUUCGCCAUUUCUGCCAUGGUAUGGCCCCUACACCCAUAGCCAGCAUGGGCCCAGUUCGUAGAUACUUAUCCUGGGAAAAUGAAGAGCGAUGCCGAGGGCUGCUAGAGGCAUCUACCAACCGAUACAGACAAGAAGCAGUGUCGGCAGCUGUUCUGGUGUCCUUGUGCUCUGUGGCGGGAGACCCAUCCAUCUUGUACACCCUGCGGUCCAGCACCCUGACUGGUUUGCACAAAGGCGAUGUGAGUUUCCCAGGUGGUAAGUGUGACGACUCUGACCGGGAUGUCAUCGCCACGGCCCUCAGAGAGACUCAUGAAGAGCUGGGCCUACAGUUAAGGGAGGACUGCGUCUGGGGAGUCAUGAGAUCUCUGCCUGAUAGGACGAAAAUGUUAGUAGUUCCUGUGAUAGCAAAUCUGGGUCCUCUGGAGCACCUGACUCUGAAGCCCAACCCCCAAGAGGUUGAAGCUGUCUUCACAUUGUCCUUUUCCCACCUGCUGCAAGAACAGAACCAGGGCUACACCCACUUCUGCCGCAACGGUGUCUACAGCUACACCCUGCCCAUCUUCCUGCAUGGUCCUCACCGUGUUUGGGGUCUUACAGCCAUAAUCACUGAGUUGACUCUGGAGUUGCUGGCGCCAGGGAAAUACCGUAGAAAGACUCACUUGGUGGCCAGGCGCUGACCUUUACAGCCAAGGUCCAAACCUUGGCUUUCAAACUCUGCUUCCCUUCUCCAUGUUUGCUGAAGGACCGUGAUUCAGGUGAUCCCACCAGCCAGGUGCCGAUCCCUUUCCUGUUCAGAGACUUCAAAAGCUUAUGCUAACUCUUGUUCAGCACGAAGAAAGUGGUUUGCCCCACUGUCUAUUCUGCAAUUGUAUUGCAUUAUUAGGGGUAGAAGGCAGAUAGGAAACCCCUACCUCACUUUUGCAGUCUGCUACUGUAGGGCCUAUUUUUGAAUAUAACUCUAAUAAACACACACAUUGGAAAUCCCACACAAGUUUUUGUUUCAACUUGUGUGGGUGUGUUACAGACCACACAGCAGUUUUGAACCAAAAGAGUUCCUAGGCCUGCACCCUGUUUUGUGUUGGUACUGGACGGUAGCUGAGCUCAGUUCAGAAAUACUUUAUUGACAGGUCAAGUAAAACAUGCAUUUGCCAAAGAUGGCAUGCAAUAAGUGCAACUCCCCCAGGAUAGGCUCAGAUCUGUUGAUAAAUUGUAAUGCUACCUUGGUGUUGCUUAUGGUACCCAGUCUGUAGCAGAAUUCAAUCUUGGGAUUGUAUGUAAUGUUAGUCUUACAUAGAGUAGACAUAUUAAAAUGAACGAGACAAGUUAGACUAACAUUGGAUACAAUCCUUGUUUUUCUGGAACUCUUAUAAACAUACUUUCCACACAGCUGAGAAUUUUUCAUAUUUAGAGCAAAUGUCUCCAUAAAAUCCAAAUUCUUUCUUUUUCAUGUGGAAAUUGGGCUUCGACUUUCCAUGUGGAUUUAACCAGGGUUUCUUGGCCCAUGUUCAGUUAAGCAUCAGACUGUAACUCCAUGCUAGUCUAAAAUAUACAGGAAGUGAUAUGUAAACACCACCUACAUUUUUGCACUAUGUCAAACCUGUAUUGCGUCUGGAGUACCGACUGUGUAAUUCAGUGAGCUCUUGGGUCUUUGAGGCAUGGAACAUUUUUGCCUUACCCUUCAUACUCCUCUGAAAAGGUAGAGUGAGCCACGCUCUUCUGUCCAGAAGAGAACACUCUUCUCCCUGAGGAUCUGGGCACAACUUUCAGAACCAGGAAGCUUAAGAGAUGUGUUGUGAAGAGGUAACUGGUUGAACCAAGGUUAUAAAGGAGAUAAGGUGGGGGCAGGAUAAUGGUUCUUCUCUCCCUAGGCUCAACCCCCAACAGUGCUGCAAACGAGAAUGCAGCUGGAAUUUGAUCUGUCCAGAUGUAUUGCUUCUUAGGACCGAAAUAACCAGGAAUCCAAAUGAUGUAUUUCUGCUUUAGCCAUGUACAAGUCAAGAUGGGAUGAUAAGGGCAGUGAGCUGGUGAUCAGUAUAGGAAUAAUACACAGUUGAAAACCCCUGUUCGUGCCAGUGUUGUAAAGGCAGGGGGAACAGCUCUGUGGUUAAAGGUUAAGGCAUUCUUUGUUAAAACCGAACAAUUUAUUCUUUAUAAAGCCAAGAUUAUUUCUCCUAUCAUUGUGAAAUUUGGUAUGGGGAUCUCCUGGGUGAGAAGUGUAAGCUGUCCAAGUUCAAGGAUAUGGGAUGAAAAAUGGUAGAAUUGUCAUGGUUUAAAUUGAGGGUGGGGAACUAUUUAGCCCCCAGGGGACAGAUUGGUCUCUAGCUCACUCUUGGAUGCCAGUUAACAACAGGGGCCGGAUCCUUCGCUGUAGCCCCAUCUCCUGACUCAAGGCAGAGCUUUUCUGUGCAGAGAAGGGUAUGGAUGUGUCUCUCUACACGGAAAAAUGGCUUUCCUUGUAGGGAGCAGAAUCUCCAUGGUACCUGGUCACUGAUUAGAUAGGGAACUUCUGCAGGCUGGAUUAGGCCUGUAGGCCAGAAGUUUCCCAUCCCUAAUUGAAAUACAUGAUUACCUAGUACCCAUUGGCUCCUUUCAUACAUGCAGCAUUCUGAUUAACUGAAUACUGUCUUGCUCUUUAUUAGCAGAUACCUGAGGCUUUAGAAGGCCAAGCUCUGUUCAGUGUAAUGAACAGCUUCUUUAACCUGCUUCCUUGGCCCAGGUUAGCUAAUUUCUACAAGUAGCUUUCUGGCCCUAACUUGCUACCCUUCAUAGCAAAGACCUAGCAAUCUCUUGCUAGGCCAUUUAAAAAUCAAGCUCUGCAGAGGACCAUUAGUGCAGCAGACAAGUGAAACUUGAAAUUGUAAGCGUAACAACUAGCACCCACCAUUGAAGAGAACGACCCACAACCUCUUGCUUCCACUAAGUUGAGGGCUGCUUCACACAGGUGUUAUGAUUCAGUUAUUUGUACCCAGGCAUGAUAUCCAUAAGGUCACUGCCUCUUGUAAAGUGUCAUUAACUAAGGCAGCGUAUAUCUCAUAUUUUACAAAUAUGUGUUCUUUGUUUUAGUAGGGCUCAAAAUUGCAGUCCUCAGUCACUAGGUGGUGCUACUACCUUAGACUCCAGAGGCUUUUUUGGUGGAUUACUGGCCUGUAACUGCUUGGAUUCUGAUGAGGAGACAGCUGGGACAUCAGGGUGACUUGCUCUGGAGAGAGCAGCCUGCUCUUCCCAGUGACACUUGCCCCUUAG